GCUUUAGCACCCACCGCGCCGAAAGGGGGAGGGCGAGUUGCCUGCUCGGUCAAUUUCAGCCCGCAGGGGAAGCUCCCGCCUGCCUGGGCUCCCCGAUGGUUUUGCCUCGGCUCUGGGAGAGCUUCAGAUUCCGUCGUGCGCACCUCGCCCUCCUGAGCUGCUUCUGCACUAGAAUGUUGCGGCAGGUCUUGCACAGGGGGCUGAGAACGUCUUUCGCCAGACUCGGCCACUUCAUUGCCAGCCACCCGGUCUUCUUCGCCUCUGCGCCCGUGCUCAUCUCCAUCUUGCUGGGGGCCAGUUUCAGCAAGUACCAGAUCGAGGAGAGCGUUGAACACCUGCUGGCCCCCAAACACAGCCUGGCCAAGAUUGAGAGGAACCUGGUCAAUAGCCUCUUCCCGGUGAACCGAUCCAAGCACCGGCUCUAUUCCGACCUGCAGACCCCAGGGAGAUACGGCAGAGUCAUCAUCACAUCCUUUGUCAAGGCGAACAUGCUGGACCAACAUCACACCGAUCUGAUCUUAAAGUUGCAUUCUGCUGUGACCAGGAUCCAAGUACAAAGAUCUGGUUUCAAUUACACGUUUGCUCAUAUCUGCAUCCUAAAUAAUGACAAGUCCUGCAUAGUGGAUGACAUUAUACAUGUCCUGAAGGAAUUGAAGGCUGCUCGCUUGUCUAAUCAAACUAAUUUUGCUAUCACAUAUCCAAUCACACACUUAAAGGAUGGCAGGGAAGUAUACAAUGGGCACCAGCUUGGUGGAGUCACUGUGCACAGCAAAGAUCGGGUAAAGUCUGCCGAAGCCAUUCAGCUUACCUAUUACUUGCAGGCAAUCAACUCCUUAAAUGAUGCUGUAGCAGAAAAAUGGGAAUCCAACUUCUGUGACACAGUAGAACUUUUCCAGAAAUCCAACCGGAAUGUCACAAUGUAUCCUUUCACUUCAUCGUCCCUUCAAAAAGACUUCCAGAAGACAAGUAGGGUAUCAGAACAUUACCUAACCACAAGCCUAGUCCUUGUGGUGACCUUGGCAAUGCUCUGUUGUUCCAUGCAAGACUGUGUUCGCAGCAAGCCUUGGCUUGGCCUCCUUGGCUUGUUAACUGUGACUCUGGCCACUCUCACUGCAGCUGGAAUCAUUAAUCUGACUGGUGGGAAAUAUAAUUCUACCUUCCUGGGAAUUCCCUUCAUCAUGUUAGGUAACUAUCUCUCAUUCUGUUAUUACUGUGGGUUUGUCUGA